AUGGAAAAUGGUCGAGUGCCCGUCCUCCCGCAGGAGAACCAGACAGGAAGGAGAGUCUCUGCACGCCAGAGGAGGCCUGCAGUCUGCAGACAGUGUCCCUGCUGCAGGGACGACCAGGUGCCACAUACAAAGCGCCGGCGCCCUGCCCGUUCUGCAGACCUUCCCCAGAAAAGGAAGCAGACCUCCGCGGCUCUUCCUCCUAAACCUGCUGACCUGCCCCCUGUCUCUAAUGUGGCCCCCAGCCCCCGGACCUCCACUGCUCCCCUGCACCUCGACAACCCUAUCAGGAUCCACAACCGCUCAGUCGAGGAGUACCAGCUCAUCUACCAUGAAGUUGUGGAUAACAUGCUGAGGUUCCCGAACGGUCUCCUGCGUCCAUAUAGUUUGGGUCUGGGUCGUCGUAUCAAGCAGAAGCUGUGGGAGCGACUGGACCGUCCGAUGUUCACAGAGACAGUGGAUGAAGAUGGUCUGGUCCAUGUGGACGUGUCCUACGGUGCUGGAGUCCAGCCUCCGCUCUUCAACGUGGAUGUUUCUGGUGAACCAGAGCCCGAAUAUCCACCAGCAAAAAGGGCAAAGCACUAAGACACACUCUCAUAAGCUGACAUGUCUAAAUAACACUGUGCUUUAAGUUUAGUUUAGUUU